AUGCAUCGAAUUAGAAACGGGGAAGACGAAGCAAUAUGGAUGGAUCCCGACGUGCGUAAGCCACUUGAUGCAAAGUGGGCAGAAGAAAGAAACAAAAAAAUUGCCACACAAAAUAAAAAAAAUCGUGCUUCUGAGACCGGUGGGUUGCUCCACACUGGCAGGUCCAUUCCAUUCUCCUUGACUCGAAGAAGACUGGCAACUGAACUGAAUUGUGAGCCCAAUGAGUUUGAAUUCUUCAGGAGAACCCACACCAGGAAACAUAAUCAAGAGAAGAAGUGUGGGUCGAUGACAGAUCUAGGGCCGUCGCUAUUGAGUGCAGAGGCAUCUUCAUCAUCCGUAAGUACCGGAGAGUCCUCAUCGCCUACAGUUAAUGAACACGACAUCUUCUAUCAAGCUAUUAGUGGUCGGAAUAGAAAGGGUCGAAUAUACGGGCUGGGCUCCCAAGCUAAUUUAUUAUAUCCAUCUACCACCAAUCGUUCUAGCCAAUCAUCUUCAAAUAUGUCACUAGAGUUUGAACAAAUGAGACUUAAAAUCACCCAAUUAAAUGAUGAAUUGCUUGAAUCCCGGGCUGAGAAUCGACAAUUACAACAGUGGCAAGAACAAGUGACGGCAUGGCAGUCAGAAAUGAAUAUAGUAAUAAGUAGAUUGACAAAACAAUCUACUGCAGAUGCUGGAUCAUCGACUGUUCUAAGUGGAUCUGACCCGGUAGCUAAUCAAGACAAGAAUGACAAUGAUGAAGAUGAAAAUGAUAAUAAUAAUGACGAUUGA